AACAGAGACCAAAUCCCACACGCUUCUUCAUUUCAUAGCCGUACUGUCCUAUCCAUAUAUAGACCAUACCAUUCGUUCUUCCUCUCCCAAAAUUACACACGCACUUUCACACUCGUCACCACCUCAAUAUACAUAGGCAAAACAGAGUAGCAUGAGAAGUGUAGAUCCUAAGGUUAAGAAAGGAGUGUCUGUAACAGAGCACAAAGAAAACGAUUCAACAAGCAUCAGAAAAGGUCCAUGGACGUUAGAUGAGGACACCAUUCUCAUCAAUUACAUUACCACCCACGGUGAAGGUCACUGGAAUUCGCUGGCACGUGCUGCAGGUUUGAGGAGAAAUGGGAAAAGUUGCAGAUUGAGGUGGCUAAACUACUUGCGCCCUGAUGUUCGGCGUGGAAACAUCACACUCCAAGAGCAGAUAUUGAUCCUUGAACUCCAUUCUCAGUGGGGUAACAGGUGGUCAAAGAUUGCUCAGCAUCUACCAGGAAGAACAGACAACGAAAUCAAGAACUAUUGGAGAACGAGGGUGAUAAAGCAAGCAAAGCAGCUAAAGUGCGAUGUCAACAGCAAACAAUUCAGAGACACCUUGCGUCACGUGUGGAUGCCACGCUUGCUGGAGCGAGUUCAGACAAACAGAACAGAGUGUGUAAAACAGAGCAACUCCCUCUCCUCCGGUUCAAGUGGAGCAUACUCAGACUCAUCGUCACUGGAGCUCCAUGUUGGUUCAAAUUCAGACCCUGAACUGUUGGGUCGUGAUGUCUCGGUGGAUUUAAGGCCAUGUUUCAAUGACCAGAUGUUAGAACAGGGGAAGGGUGGUGGUGACUCGUUAGAGAAUUUGUGGAAUGAUGAGAGUAUGUGGUUUAAUUUGCAGCAAUUUUCUGAUGGCAUGGAAUCAACAUACAGUUAAUUUCCUUGCGUGACGCACUGGAUUUAAUAGUAAUAGGUAUAGGUAUAUUGCAUUAGGGAUGAUCUUUUUCCUAAAGAAUGAUCAUGAUGAUUUUUCCUACAAGCAAGUGCACGCUCUAGCAAUGAAUGAUGUGAUUAGUUUUUCUUUUUUCUUUUUUUGGUAUUUUCCUGUGGGAAUUACUAGUUUUAGCGAUGCGAGAGUUGGGUUGCUUCUACGCUUGUUAAAUAGAGUUUGUGGAGAGCAAGCAAUGUGUUUCAUACUUCAAACCUCAAAAGGAAUGGAAGUUUAGUGCUCCAUCAAUCUCGCAGCUAGAUUAGUUGACUAUCUCAUUUCCAUCGUUUUUUUCUGUCCUAGUAGUAUCUUAACAAUUUCUAAUUGUAAAGCAGCAUGUGAAAUCUUAAAUUGUCAUUCAACA